AUGCCGCGGGGCCUUCUGCAGGAAGCCGUAUGUCAUCAUCCUGGUGCUUCUCGCAAAGAGGAGCUGCAGGAGGAGCUCACAGCUUGCGGGAAGUCGCCUCGCAGCCGAAGGCAUAGCUGCUGUGCUUCGUUGAGUGAAGGCUGCCCGAAGGCAGCAUAUGAUAUGUUGGAUUGUUGGAGGUAUACCGACGCAGUCGUGACACUCGUAAUCCUACUGACACAGCAACAGCACGAAGCUGCCGACAACAUCGAGGUCUUCUGCUUGUCUGCUUCGGACAACAACAAAGCGGUGGUGCACAAAAAAACCAGCAACAGCUGCUUCUAUCACCACCGCCAGCAGCACGAGCAGCAGCAGGAGCAGCAGCAGAAGCAGCAGCAGAAGCAGGAGCAGGAGCGGGAGCGGGAGCAGGAGCAGGAGCAGGAGCAGUAG